CAACACUCCAGAGCGGACGGACGGAGCAAGCGAGAAAACAAAUCAUUGUCUGUGUGCCCAGGACAAGUGGUGGAAUUUUGCUCCCUCCUAUUUUGUGCUUCGUUGGGGGGAAUCGCUUAGAGGUUCACAGCUGAACGACGCAGUGUUGCCCCCCCACCACCACCCCCCCCCCUACGCGUGGAGAAGGAAACCCGCUCCCAGGGUUAGAACAGCUCCGAAAGGGAUGGUUUGGCUCGCACAUCCAAUCUGGCAGAUUCCCGUGUCCCUGAUUAUGCUGUUGUCCCUACAGACAGAAGCUAAUCGCCUUGACAACAUGCUGCUGCGAAGUACCGGGAAGCUGAGCGUAGAGAACAAGAUGGAAUCGGAUGACAGCACCAUGUCUACUCCUCCUCAGAAGGACCUCUGGUGUCACUGUCAUCAUCAUUGCCCCGAAGAGUCAGUCAAUAACACCUGCAAGACCGAUGGCUACUGUUUCACGAUAAUGGAAGAAGACGAGUGGGGAGGCCACGUGAUCACAUCCGGGUGCCUGGGUAAAGAAGGCUCUGACUUUCAGUGCCGGGAUACCCCAAAGUCAUCUCAGCGGAGGGCCAUCGAAUGCUGCACAGAACGGGACUUCUGCAAUCGUGACCUUCACCCCACACUUCCGCCUCAGAGCAACCAAGAUUUUGUGGAUGGAAGCACCCAUCACAUGGCAUUGCUGAUCUCCGUCACUGUCUGCAGUAUUAUCCUGGCCCUUCUCAUUAUCUUCUGCUACUUCAGGUAUAAGAGGCAGGAGGACAGGCCACGAUACAACAUGGGCAUUGAGCAGGACGAGACCUUCAUUCCUCCUGGAGAAUCGCUCAAGGAUCUGAUCGAGCAAUCGCAGAGCUCGGGCAGUGGUUCGGGGCUCCCUCUAUUGGUCCAGAGGACGAUAGCCAAGCAGAUUCAGAUGGUAAAGCAGAUUGGCAAAGGUCGUUAUGGUGAGGUUUGGAUGGGGAGAUGGCGUGGGGAGAAGGUAGCUGUGAAAGUUUUCUUCACCAUGGAAGAGGCCAGCUGGUUCAGAGAGACAGAAAUUUACCAGACUGUUCUGAUGAGACACGAGAAUAUCCUCGGUUUUAUUGCAGCUGACAUCAAGGGGACGGGAUCCUGGACGCAGCUUUAUCUCAUCACUGACUACCACGAGAGCGGGUCACUGUACGACUACUUAAAAUCCACAACUCUGGAUACGAAAGCCAUGCUGAAGCUGGCCUACUCCACGGUCAGUGGCCUGUGUCACUUACACACAGAGAUAUUUGGCACCCAGGGGAAGCCAGCGAUUGCCCAUCGAGACCUAAAAAGCAAAAACAUCCUGGUGAAGAAGAAUGGAUCGUGCUGCAUAGCUGAUCUGGGCUUGGCUGUCAAAUUUAUCAGUGAUACCAAUGAAGUUGACAUACCCCUCAAUACCAGAGUGGGCACCAAACGCUACAUGGCUCCAGAAGUGCUGGAUGAAAGUCUCAACAGGAACCACUUCCAGUCCUACAUCAUGGCAGACAUGUACAGCUUCGGUCUGAUCCUGUGGGAGAUUGGCAGGCGCUGUGUGUCGGGAGGCAUUGUUGAAGAAUACCAGUUGCCCUAUCACGAUUUGGUGCCCAGCGACCCGUCCUUCGAAGACAUGAGAGAAGUGGUGUGCAUCAAACGGCUGAGGCCAUCGUUCCCCAACAGAUGGACUAGCGACGAGUGUUUGAGGCAAAUGGGGAAGCUCAUGACGGAAUGCUGGGCCCACAACCCAGCUUCUCGGCUGACGGCGCUUCGAGUGAAGAAAACCUUGGCCAAAAUGUCCGAGUCACAAGACAUAAAGCUUUGAUACAGCCCGGGGACCUGCUCUAAGUCCCAGAGACCCUCAUCGUUGAACCUAACCCGUAAGAGCCAGGAGAGCGGCGGACUUUGUUAAGCCUUCGAAAACUACCUUUACGUAGUCUCAAUCGCAACCCUGUUGAGAUAGCACUGCCACAGGCUGAUCUAUGAGGGAGGAAUGCACUGUACCAAACAGCUAAAAAAAAAACGGCUAACAGUAAAACGCAUCCACCGUCUUUGCUUGCAUAGUGUAAGAAGCAACAGCUGUCUGAUGUUUAACACAGAGGAGAUUGCGCGCUGCUUUCUGUGAAAGCUGUUUUCUUUGUUUUUUUUAAAAAAAGGUAAAAGCAUCGAGAGUCUGAGAAGGCAACUCAAAACGGGAUUAGAAUUGUGGCUAAACUGAAAGGCCAUUCGUU